UAGCCGAAACCAGCCAGCCACCUCCCACAGUAGACUGCACGUAGCCUACGCGGUCAUUCGUCACCGUAGCUGCCGCAUAUCUCGCAGUCUUGUUUUAUUUUUGAACCAUUGCUGUGACGCCUGUCCACACGCGUGCUCGGGUAACUCUCUACCAACGCCUGCGCUGCUUGAACCGGAGCAACACCUGUAACGGACGGGAUCUCCUCGCAACUGAACGGUGGUUCUAAGAUUGGCUAAGCGGGCCGGUCUCAUUGAAAAGGUUGUCCUGUCACAUCGACCGCUGCGCGUCUACAAUGCAUUGUCUGAGAACCCUGAGUGGGGCAAAUGCGAGAGUUCUGCGGCUACUGGCGAAAAAUGGUGCCGAAAAACCCUUGCUCGGGGGCAACAGCUGCGUCUUGGACCGGAUGUGGACCCUUAAUCAGCGCCUCUGUUGGGGCAUCGCGUCGCAGAAACCGAAGUCCUACGUAGAACCCACGGCCAUGGACUGCAAGCCACUGUCCAGUCUGGAGGACAUGCUUUUUUACACCAUCACAGAGGGAGAGGAGAGGAUCCCCGUCUCUCGCUUCAUCUCUGCGCUGAAGAGUACAGGGCUGCUGACCUCUGACCCCCGGCUGACGGACUGCAUGCAUCAUCUGCGGCGGUCUGUCCAGGAUUCCGCUGGGGGGGCCAUGAUGGACCGGGACCUCUUCAGGAAGUGUGUGGGCAGUAACCUCGUCCUCCUGACCCAAGCCUUCAAGAAGCAGUUCAUCAUCCCAGACUUUGAGGCCUUCACUUCCAACAUCAAUCAGCUGUACGACCAGGCUGAGAGACAGGGGGGGGGGCAGGUAGCGGACUAUAUUCCUCAGCUGGCGAAGUUUAGUCCCUCUCUAUGGGGCGUAUCACUGUGUACAGUGGAUGGACAGCGGCACUCUGUGGGCGAUACCAAGGUGCCGUUCUGCCUGCAGUCCUGUGUGAAGCCUCUAGGGUACGCUGUGGCUGUGCACGAGGCCGGCACUGAGCAUGUGCACCGCUACAUCGGCAAGGAGCCCAGCGGCUUCAAGUUCAACAAGCUGUCACUCAACGAGGAAGAAAAGCCACAUAACCCCAUGGUCAAUGCAGGUGCCAUCGUCGUCAGCUCUCUCAUCAAGCCUGGAUCCAAUAAAGCAGAGAAGUUUGACCUUAUGAUGGACUUCCUCAAAGGCAUGGCCGGCGGAGAGUAUGUGGGCUUCAGCAAUGCAACGUUCCAGUCAGAGAAAGAAACUGGGGACAGGAAUUUUGCCAUUGGAUACUACCUCAAAGAGAAACGUUGCUUUCCCCGAGGAGCAGAUAUGAUUGCUGCGCUGGACUUCUAUUUCCAGCUCUGCUCCAUAGAAACCACCUGUGAGUCGGGCAGUGUCAUGGCCGCCACCCUGGCCAAUGGGGGUAUCUGUCCAAUCACAGGCGAGCGCGUGCUGAGCGGAGAGGCCGUGCGUAACACGCUCAGCCUCAUGCACUCCUGCGGCAUGUACGACUUCUCCGGCCAGUUCGCCUUUCACGUGGGCUUACCUGCAAAGUCUGGAGUUUCAGGUGCAGUGUUACUGGUGGUUCCCAACAUCAUGGGGUUAAUGUGUUGGUCGCCCCCUCUGGACAAGGUUGGGAAUAGCAUCCGGGGGAUUCACUUCUGCCAGGAGUUGGUGUCCCUAUUCAACUUCCACAACUAUGACAACCUGAGACACUUCGCCAAAAAACUGGACCCGCGCAGGCCGGCCGGGGAUGACAGGAACAUAUCUGUGAUCAACGUGAUGUUUGCGGCCUACAGCGGGGACGUCUCAGCCCUCAGGAGGUUUGCUCUGUCUGCGAUGAACAUGGAGCAGCAGGACUAUGACUCCCGCACGCCUCUGCAUGUGGCCGCCGCUGAAGGACAUGUGGACGCUGUGGUGUUUCUGACUGAGCACUGCAGAGUUAACCCUUUCAUCAAGGACAGGUGGGGGAACAGUGCACUGGAUGAUGCCAUGCAGUUUGGGCAGGAGAGCGUGGUGAAAGUUCUGCAGGAGUACCAGCGCACUCACCUGCUGCUGGAGUCGCAGUCAGACUCCGAGGACCAUGGGAAGCUGAAGGCUGUGGACAGCGUGGUUUAGCCAAUCCCGGGCCUCGCUCUCCUACGACCACAACCCAGAGGCGGGAUUGGCCCGGCUACGUUUCGCUUCUCUCUGCGGAGUUUCUGAGCGAGGACGACGGACUCAAACCAACAGGAGCGCAGGCCCCACCAUAGGCUCCAGCGCAGAGCUGUCAGGUUGGGCUGAGCUCUGCUGGGCCAAUGACAAGUCAACGACUCGCCUUCACUUCUGCAGAGAGAGAGAUCUGUCUGUAUGCACACACACACGCACGCACCACACAAACACAUGAACACACAUGCACACACCACACACACACAUGAACACGCACACAUACACGCACGCACGCACAACAC